AUGGACGCAUUGGCUUUGUCAGAGGCCAACGCGCAAGCGGUUGGAGAGCAAGACAACCAAGUCAACAAGCCUCCUGAGGCCACUUCGCUAGACCAUAGCGGGAACAAGUUCCAGAAGGCAAUAUCAGCAUGGCGAAACAUCGAUCUCUCCUCAUUGAUGCCUCAGCUAGACUCAACCGCUUCAGAAUUAGUUGCUCACCAGAGAGACGCCCUCGUAGAGCGUAAGGAAGUGGCCCAGAAGACGAAGGAUUUCAGGAAAUUGGAAGAUGCGGCAAAGCUCUCGGAAUACAAGUCGUUAUUGAAAUCAUAUCAGACGUAUAUCGAUUUAAUCACAGGGCACGGCAAGUCCUCGUCUUCAGCCUUCCUCCAACUAUAUCAAUCACUGUCUGAGGCACCCGACCCUUUCCCCCUUCUUGAAGCCUCGAUCGAUUCGCUAGUUGCGUCCGAAGACACCGUUCCAAAACUCACGGCCGAAAACGAGCAAUUAUUGUCUAGAGUCAGCAACUUGACGGCACAAUUAGAGGAGACCGAGAAACGACUGCAAGACGAGAGCAAAUCACGACGAGAGGCGGAGGCUGGCACUGGCUCCCGUGUGCGAGAAAUUGAAGCCAAAUGGGAGAAGGUUUUGGAGGAGAAACAAAACAAUUGGUCUGCGAAGGAGAAGGCUUUCGAAGAGAAGGUUGAAAACCAGGACCGACUUCUCAAAGAGUUGAAGGCGAAUUAUGAUGUGUCACAACGGAUGCAAGAUGGUUCCACUGAGCUGGCUUCCUCCAAGGCCGCAGCUGCAGAACUUGAGAUGAUGAGCUCCGAACUGGACAGAACCAGUGCGCGGUUGGCCGAGAUGGAGGCUCGAAAUGAACAACUGAGUGUCGAACUCGCCCGGGCCACAUCACAGAGCUCCGCACAUCAUGAUAUUGAAGAAGAACCAUCUUUCUUGAGGCUUCAGUCGGAGAACUCUUCACUACUGCGCAAAAUUGAAUCUGCCCGUUUUGAGAGGGAAUCUGAGAAGAGGGAGCAGGACAACAAACUCCGACAGGCGGAGAGACAGCGGACACAGCUUUCGAGCGAGAAUGAGGGGCUGCGUGCCAAAAUCCAGAAAUGGUCGGAUUACGAGGAUGUGAAGCGAGAACUUGAUACCCUUCGAUCCAUCGAAUUGUCCAUCGGCGACGACGACGACGGCGACGAAGCAACGCUCAACGGCGCAGCGAUUAGCGGUGCUAAACAGUCUCUGGAACAGCUCCUGCUCGCUCGCAACAAGAAACUAAGCAACGAGCUCACGCUGCUUCGUGUUUCGCAUCAGGAUCUUCAGCAACAGCUAGCAGAUCUCCAGGAAGAGCUGUCUCGAACCAACGCCGAGCUGGAGAAGUCUCAGAAACUGGCAUCAACGUUGGAGAACGAUUUGUUGCACGUGCAGGAAGAAGCCGCCAAUGCACUGCCCUCGUCGGGAAUGUCAGUUGCCGGGACCCAUACCUCGAGAUAUCCGACAGGGUCGCUGCGACGCGGUCGAGGCUCACCUACAUCAUCGAUUAUUUCAGGUUACGAAACACUGCCUCGAACCACGACAUUGGAGUCGUUACGAGCGGGAGAGCCUGUUGGAGGCGGUUCAGGUAUACUACCCAUGAUCCAGGCCCAACGAGAUCGUUUCAAGCAGAAAAAUCAGCAGCUAGAAGAGGAGCUUUCCAAGACAUAUGCAAGCGUGACAUCUCUGCGACAAGAGGUUGCUUCCUUACAGAAGGAUAACCUCAGCCUGUACGAGAAGACGAGAUAUGUUUCCGCAUACAGUCGAGGGCCUACCACGACGUCCUCGUCGUCCUACUCGGGCGGUACUGGGCACACCUCGGUCCUCCCCAGUUCCGAAGAUUCCACGUCCAAUAGAUGGAAGUCACAAUACGAGGCCAACAUUUCGCCCUUUGCCGCUUUCCGGGGUCGGGAAUCAGCACGGGCAUACAAGCGCAUGAGUCUACCUGAGCGUAUCAUCUUCUCAUUGACCAGAAUCGUCCUUGCAACACGAACCUCUAGGAAUCUUUUCGCGGGCUACUGUCUCAUGCUUCAUUUUUUGGUAUUCCUCAUGCUCUACUGGAUGGGAACAUCGGAUGUUGAGCGCAACGUGACUCACCUGGGAGAGGCCGCUGCCAUGGUGGCUGGAGGAGGGGUUUCAGGCCUUCAGUCUCCUGACCUGCAUGGUCCUGACUGGCACCAAGAAGAUUUUGGAUAG